AUGGCUAGCGAAUCUCAGGCGAAUGCCGCUGCUCCAGAGCAGCUUGCGAACGCGGUGAAGAACAUGAGUGUGAAGGAGAAGCCUGCUAAGAAGGUAAAGGCAGAAAACACGUCGAAGGACCCGCUUGAGUUUGAGCCGCGUCCGGCGUACUUCCAAGCGCGUAUCGACAUGUUCGAACGCGUCAAGGCUGAGCAGGAUGCUGCGCGUGCAGCUGCCGAGCGUAAGCCGAUCAAGAUUACUAUGCCAGAUGGCUCGAUUCGUGAGGGCACAUCGUGGGAGACCUCACCGAUGGACAUUGCGAAGCAGAUCUCUAAGAGCUUGAGUGAGCGCGUGGUUAUUUCAAAAGUAAAUGGCCAGCUGUGGGACUUGGAGCGCCCGCUUGAAGACGAUGUCACGCUGGAACUGCUCGAUUUUGAGCACCCGGAGGGUAAGCGUGUGUUCUGGCACUCCUCGGCGCACGUUUUGGGUGAGGCCUGUGAGCGUCAUUACGGCUGUCAUCUGUGCAUUGGCCCGCCCACGGAGGAGGGCUUCUACUACGAGAUGGGUAUGGGUGACAGCGGUGACCGUGUGGUCAAGUCGGAGGACUUUGACCCACUGGAGAAGCUGGUGACGAUGGCCAUCAAGGACAAGCAGCCAUUUGAGCGCGUUGUGAUGACCAAGGAGCAGCUGUUGGAGAUGUUCAAGUACAACAAGUACAAGGUGCAUAUUAUCAACUCCAAGAUCCCGGACGGUACUUCGACGACGGUGUACCGCUGUGGUCCUAUGAUUGACUUGUGUGUGGGUCCGCAUAUCCCGCAUACCGGCCGCAUCAAGGCCAUGACGGUGCUGAAGAACUCUGCGUCGUACUUCCUGGGUGACCAGAAGAACGACUCGCUGCAGCGUCUGUACGGUAUUUCGUUCCCCGACAAGAAGCAGAUGACGGAGUAUAAGCACUUCCUUGCGGAGGCUGCGAAGCGUGACCACCGCCGUAUCGGUAAGGAGCAGGAAUUGUUUAUGUUCCAUGACCUGAGCCCAGGUAGCUGCUUCUGGCUGCCGCAUGGUGCUCGUAUCUACAACACGCUCAUGGACUUUAUCAAGAGCGAAUACCGCAAGCGAGGCUUUGACGAAGUGAUUACGCCGAACAUGUACAAUUCGAAGCUGUGGGAGACGUCGGGUCACUGGGCGAACUACAAGGACGACAUGUUCUCGCUGCAGGUCGACAAGGAGACGUUUGCUCUGAAGCCUAUGAACUGUCCUGGUCACUGUCUCAUGUUCGGCAGCCGUGAUCGUUCGUACAAGGAGCUGCCGUUGCGCUUUGCCGACUUUGGUGUGAUUCACCGUAACGAGGCGAGUGGUGCGCUGAGUGGUCUGACACGUGUGCGCCGCUUUGUGCAGGAUGAUGCGCACAUUUUCUGCCAGCCGUCGCAGAUUGAAGAGGAGAUGAUUGGCUGCUUUGAUUUCCUGCAGACGGUGUAUGGCCUGUUUGGCUUCACCUUCAAGAUGGAGCUCUCGACUCGCCCAGAGAAGUUCCUGGGUGACAUUGCCACAUGGGACGCUGCAGAGAAGCGCCUGGCCGCUGCGCUGGACCGCUUCGUGCCUGGCAAGUGGGAGCUGAACCCUGGUGAUGGUGCCUUCUACGGUCCGAAGAUCGACAUUACGAUCAGUGAUGCUAUGCGCCGCCAGCACCAGUGUGCUACGAUCCAGCUCGACUUCCAGCUGCCGCAGCGCUUUGACCUUGAAUAUAAGACGCCGCAGGGCUCGGCAGAGGCUGAGAAGCACACUGAGCGCCCUGUCAUGAUCCACCGUGCUGUAGUCGGCAGUCUCGAGCGCUUCAUCGCUAUUCUGAUCGAGAAUUUCGCCGGUAAGUGGCCAUUCUGGCUCUCGCCGCGCCAGGUGCUUGUGAUCCCUGUGACACAGUCGGUGUACGACUACGCCGAGGAGGUGCGCGGCCAGCUCUGGGACCAGGGCUUCUUUGCUGAUGUCGACCUGUCGGACAACACACUGAACAAGAAGAUCCGUAACGGUGAGCUUGCGCAGUACAACUUUGUGUUUGUCGUCGGUCACGAGGAGAAGGCUACGCGCAGCGUCAACGUGCGUAACCGCGACAACGACCCGAACGUCGCUAAGGGCAAGACGGAUACGAUCGCGCUGGACGACAUUGUGCCGAAAUUGCAGCAGCUCAAGGCUUCGCGUGCGUUGGCCAAUCAGCUUCCGUAG